CGCCCUCCUCCUCCUCCUCCUCCUCCCUGGUACCCUCCCUGCCGGAUGCGAGUCCCGGAGGCGGGGCAGCGCAGUCAGGGGGACAGCAGGCGGGACAGGCGGGGGAGGGGCAGCAGGGGGGACAGCAGGAGCCGCACCACCUGACCCUGAGUGACCUGCUGUCCCUGCCCGCCGCCCCGCCCCCCUUCGUCCCGCUGUGUCGGCCGGUGGGUGACUCGCUGCUGCACGUGUGGUGCGGGGUGGCACGGAGCAUGCAGCGGGACAGCUGGAGCAGGGAGGACUACCUGGUGACGAGGCAGCUGCACCGGGGCUACUCCAGUGAGGUAUUCCAGGCCGUGUGUCGCGCCUCCGGGCUGCAUGUGGCCCUGAAGUGCUACUCGCUAGGCCGGCUGUCGGAGUUCCUGACGCACCAGGUGAUGCGGGAGGUGCGGGUUCACUCCCGACUGGAGCACCCCAACGUGGUGCAGCUGCUGGCGGCGUUCAAGGAGGACAAGACCCUGGUCCUAGUCCUGGAGUGGGCGGGCGGCGGCUCGCUGGCCCAGGCUCGUCUCAAGCUGGGUAGCCGCAUGCGCGAGGUGCAGGCGGUGGGGCUGGUGCUGGCGCCGCUGCUGCGGGCGCUGCAGUACCUGCACGGGAGGAGCAUCGUGCACCGGGACAUCAAGCCGGGUAACCUGCUGUUCUCGCCCGACUGGCGCCUCAAGCUGUGCGACUUCGGGGUGUCCAUCUGCGCGGCGGAGGAGCGGCCGGUCACCCGGGCGGGCUCGAGGGACUACAUGGCGCCGGAGGUCCAAGCCUGCCCCCUCAAGAACACCUCCUCCGACAACAAGGACGACGACACCUUCUCCUACACCCCCGCCUGCGACGUCUGGAGUGUGGGCGUGCUGGCCUACGAGCUGCUAGUGGGCUUCGCGCCCUUCUCCGGCGGCCUGGCCUCCAAGCACCCGCAGCAGCAGCAGCAGCAGCACCGCCGGCUGGCCUUCCCAAGCAGCGUCAGCGCGGCGGCGAGGGCGUUUGUGAACGCGUGUCUGCAGCUGAGACCGGAGGACCGACCCACGGUUCAUGAGCUGCUGCAGCACCCCUGGCUGAAGGCGCUGGAGCGCCCCCUCCGCUCCGACUCCAUAUCGCGGGAGCGGCUGGCGGCGAGCAGCGUGGGCGUUAGGCUGGGGUAGCUGCGGGGGGGUGGCAGGGAGUAGGUGUGGGGAGGCAAGGUAAUCCGUACAGCACUGCCAUUCAUAUCUGAGACUCACUUCACUCCAGCUAGAUAGGUUACCAGCGAUAGAUAGAUAGCGAGGUACGUCCCGGCAGCGCAUGUGGGCGCACGUGUCAGGACUGCCUGGGGGGGCCGAGGUUGGGGCGUGUACCGGCACGAGAAGAACAACGUUCUUGUGUGCUUGUGUUGUUGUAUGUCUUGUUGUGUGUGGGGUCGUGUAUGGUCCGUUGGGGUAUGAUAACGGAAGCUGAUCCUGCCGCCUGCUGUGGAUGGUUCACAAACAGCUGUGUGCGGUGUUUGAGACCAGUCGCAGAGUUGUGCAGUGUGUGCAGUGAAGACCAGGUGUGAGCUCUGGUAUCUUGGUGCUCUGGUAUCUUGGUGCUCGGGUAUCUUGGUGCUCUGGUGUCGGUGUUGUUGUGCUUCAUGGAAUGCCGCAGCGAGGGCCCCAUGCAGGGCACCCGUGUGUGCACCAAACCUCUUGUUUGGAAAGAGGCCGCGUGCGCUAUGUGUUGCUACCGACAUGCGUGCUAUGUGUUGCUAUGAGCGCGCUGCAUCCAUGUAUGUGCUGCGCGCUCGCCAUCUUAUGCAUGCUUGAAACCAGCUCUCGUUACGCAAGCAAUGGUGGAAUGUUUGGUGGCUGCGGGAUGACACAUCACGAGAGCGCGUAAAUCCCAGGCAUGGAGGUUCCGUGGCCCGAUGUGACCUGGUGUUUCCCUUGUGAAGAGUGUGUUAAAAUAACUGGCCGCGAGUAGAGUAGAAGAGUGUGUAUGAUUGAAGCAUGCAUGCUUGGAUUCGCGUCUACAUAUGCCCCGGCUGCUGUGUUGCUUGUGCGUCCUUCCCUUUUUACGGCGGUCCCUACUCUUCUGGAUCUUCUUCAGGACCACGCUACCGAUGGGCGGGUGGACCUGUUUGUGUUUGUUUGUGUCGGUGCGGGCAGGAGGGGGACCUCCUCACCUGCUGUCUACAUCCGCAUCCGGGAUGUGGUGAGGUGCGGUGUGUCGCGCUUACCUCUCCCAAUGGAGGGGUGCUUUGCCUGUUUUGCUUUCAAGAAAGAAGCCGGCGUGCGUGCUCCCCUGCCGUCUUGUCAGGAUGUGCAGGGGUCGCACGGGCGAUGAUAUGUGGUGUAUGAGGUAUGUCGUAACGUGUUGGCUGCGUGUAUGUUUUCGGCGAGUCGCUGCAACCAACGCUCCCAAUGUCACAUGGGCAGGGUUGCAGGCCACGCAUGCGCAGAAAGCUGUGUGAUUGGAACUCCUGAUCUGUUAUGGUGGUACGGUGGUGUAUUUAUUUACCUCUCUGUCUGUCCCCCAAACAACUCACCCUUGCCUGAAUAGGACACCAUGCCCGUUGCUUGCCGCUUGUUCGGAAGAAAGCCCUGCACCCCGCGCCGCCGAAAUGCGCGGGCCGAGGGCGGGAAGCAGUGGUACUUGCGGGGGGGGAAGGAGGAGGAGCAGAGGUGGUGUGUACACUCCCGCGAGGUGUGAUGUGAAUCAAACUGAGCUGGGAGCAGGAGCAGCAGCGCCGAGUGCGUGGGUGUUAAGGAACAUACUGUGAUUGCCGGGGCGAUGCCGCGGGUGCAUUGCUGCCAGCUUGGUGUCGAUUUACGGAGUUAUGGAGAAAUUGGAGGGCGGCGGCAGGAGGAUGGAAACAGAUCUGUUGCAUGAUGUCAGGGUGGUCAUGAUGAGGGGCGGAAACGGUGAGCAGCUCCUCGGAAGAGGUGUGCCGUACAGCGGAGGAAACUGUAACGCCGUUUGCGAGGUGUGGCAGCGAUGUGCGUCAGAGAUGUACCGGUAUGUCAGAGAUUUACGAGCGCGUUCAAGCAGCGAUGUGCGUGGGGGCAAUGCAUAUGUACCGGAAUAAGGUGCGGGGCGCAGUCGUGUGCGGCUGUGAUACCAGCUGCAUGGAGUGGCAGGAAAGGGGGCUUUGGGGCGGCUUCUGCGUUCUGACGCAACGCUUGUGAUGAUUGCUUGUUGGGGAGGGUAACAAUGUGGCUAGGGAGUGGAAACCAAUUUGCAUGUGGGUUCUAUGAAGGGUGUGGGUGGGGGUACAUGUGGAGACGAGUGCCCAAUGCUGCGAGGGCACGCGCCAUCGUUUAGGUAUAUGCAGGAGGGGAAAUGUCCACUUUGCGUUUGACAGGUGGUGACGGUUUUUCGCGCUGUGUUGCCGGGCGGGGCGGGAGGUUCUGUUCGUAACAGCCAUGCAUGCCGUGUUUGGCAAUUUGGUUGCUCGGUUACUUCAACGACAUUGGUUAGUGUAGGUCGCGCAGGUAUCUCACUACUUCUCAUCUCUCAGGCAACCUUUAGCUUUGGUAUUUGCGAAUGUACCGUAACUUCUAGCGAUAACGUAGGAGCCCUCAUAAGCUGCUGUGUUGCCGUAUGAUAUGUAAUAGUGGAAUGGGUCGUACGACAGAAACGAAUCAGCUGGGG